UGAUCCCAAAUGCUGUUCCUCUGUUCAAAAUUACCUUCUCACCCUCCGUUUCACUUCCCUGGGGCCAAAUCUCUGAAGCUGCCCUCUUUGAAGCAGGGAUCUCCCUCAGCUUCAUUCAGGAAGAAUUAAUUGCCUCAUGGACAAAAAGGCAAAUACAUGGUGACAGGAAGUAUUUACCGGCAAAGCCCGGGAAAGAACUGAGAGGACAGGCACCUUUCUCCUCAAGACUUAUCUGCUCUAAGUCUCCAAAGAAACGGUUCUCAUGGAGAUGCAGCCUGGUGAGCCCUCAAACCAGGUGAAAGUCAGGCAGCACCGAAUUCCAACCUUGGGACCCCUGAGCAAGUCAUUUCACCACUCUGUUCCUGAGGUGCCACCUUAUCUACAAUGUGGGGAAUAAGAGUUGCCUUUCCUACUUCACAAGGCUAGGAAGCAGUGUGGGAUCAAAUUACAAGGAAUCCCUAAUCCUAAGGUUCUUGAUCUUCCACAAUGGGUGAGCCACAGCAAGUAAGCGCCCUCCCACCCCCUCCGAUGCAGUACAUCAAGGAGUAUACAGAUGAAAAUAUUCAGGAAGGCCUCGCUCCCAAGCCUCCACCUCCAAUAAAGGACAGUUAUAUGAUGUUCGGCAACCAGUUCCAGUGUGAUGACCUUAUCAUCCGCCCUUUAGAAAGUCAGGGUAUCGAACGGCUUCAUCCUAUGCAGUUUGAUCACAAGAAAGAACUGAGAAAACUCAAUAUGUCUAUCCUUAUUAAUUUCUUAGACCUCUUAGAUAUCUUGAUAAGGAGCCCUGGGAGUAUAAAACGGGAAGAGAAGCUAGAAGAUCUUAAGCUGCUUUUUGUACAUGUGCAUCAUCUCAUAAAUGAAUACCGACCCCACCAAGCAAGAGAGACCUUGAGAGUCAUGAUGGAGGUGCAGAAACGUCAACGCCUUGAGACAGCUGAGAGAUUUCAGAAGCAUCUGGAACGAGUCAUUGAGAUGAUUCAGAAUUGCUUGGCUUCUUUGCCUGAUGAUUUGCCCCAUUCGGAAGCAGGGCUGAGAGUAAAAACUGAACCAAUGGAUGCUGAUGAUAGCAACAAUUGUGCUGGACAGGAUGAACAACAAAGAGAAAAUUCAGGUCAUAGGAGAGAUCAGAUUAUAGAGAAAGAUGCUGCUUUGUGUGUCCUAAUUGACGAAAUGAAUGAAAGACCGUGAAGGAUGUUUGUUUUUCUUCUUUUUUUUUUCCGUUUCAGUAAAUAGCAUAUAUAUUAGUUAAUUCACUUUUAGAGCACCUCAAAAGAGAGAGCACUAGAAGUCUUGCAAGCAGCUUGACUCUCCAACUUUCUCAAUUGUUAGACGUCACAGGCAGUUUAUGUCAUUUCACUUUAUGGCAAGCCUAGGUAAAUGAGUACGCCUACAUUAAGAGUAAUCACCUUAAUAAAAGCAGUGUUUGCCUCUAUUGUGUGGAACA